AUGAGGCCUAUCCUCCCUGGACGUCCUCACUCUGGACGACAAGCCAUCAGCACCGCGUACUGGAACGGCAAUCGACUGAUUGCCUAUCUCUCGCACAGCGCUAUCGUUGUAACGACAGGCCUGUAUUCGAUUCUCCAAACGAUAUAUCUAGACUGCGAGCCUCUGCAGGCGGUGGCUAUAGAAGAGUUUUCGGGACGCAUUGCCGCUAGUAACUCGACGACAGUCUUUGUCUUCGAGCCUGUAGGUCAAGGCAAGCUGAAAUGGGAGCCUCUCGGUCCCAGACAGGGAGUGCUGACCUCGUCCAUCCGCGCGACCAACGGUGACACAAACGGAGAUCGACCGAGAGUCAAUGGUGUGCGCUCCGAUCCUGCCCUCAGAAGGGCGUCCAUUCCCACGAUAGACACGGUCACUUCAAUAUCAUGGGCGUCGGCAGAAGAGCUCCUCGUCGGAGGCUCACGAUUACAGUUAUGGUACAUAUCGUACGACUCACGAGUGGUGUGGGACCAAGAGCUGCCAUAUCCUGUCGCAGUCGCAUACUGCUCUCAAGACGCCGGACUCAUAGCAUCAUGCGGCCAGCACGACCGUUUGGUCAAAAUCUGGCGGAGACUGUCAUAUGAGUCGGACAGCACACGAUUUGAUGUGUCGUAUCUGUCGCACCCAUCAGCAGUCACGAAUCUGCACUGGCGAAAACCGUGGCAUCAAGAGCAGAGCCUGGACAGUCUGCUCUAUACCUUCUGCGCUGACGGCUACGUGCGAGCAUGGGCUCAUACCGAUCCGCACUCAAUAUCAAUCAUGCAAAAGGUUGCUGCUAUUGAUACGGCCGCAACCAUCCAGCCUAGGAGGCUAAGUGUAGGGUCCAUUAGCCCUCGUCGAUAUGCAUUCAUCAUCGACAGUCGUGAUUUCUCGCAUGCCACCGAGAGGGCUGUCGAAAACGCACCCAAUACCAAGUCUGAUCAUGCUCUAGAGCACCUUAUUGCGAUCGCCAACAGAAGCCCUGAGAUAUGCAUCGUGCUCGACGGCCUAGGUCACAUGUCUGCUUGGGGGCUAGAGAACGCCGGCUGCAAGAACAAACUGGCAACAGAAGUGUUUAAUGUGGCCCAUGUUGACGAUGUCGACCUAUCGCUACUACAGAAAGCACAUCUGGAUACCGAGCACGUCCAAUUCUGCGCGUUCGCAGGCGGAAGCGCACCUUCUUCGAUCUCCUUACUUGUGCACUCCUUUGGUGGCUCCAUAUCACACUACGAAGCCCACAUUGCCAGUCUCUUCGAUACAGCCACCCGGAGAGAUCGGCUUCAGCAGUCAACCGCGUGGGCCGGGCACGAAGCUCCUGUUGAGGACAUUAUCCACAAUGAAGCUGGGGAUCAGAUGCUCACAUGGACCGAAAGAGACGUGAAGAUCUUCUCGGUCGAUGACAGCGAUGACAGCCACCUGCUCGAAGUCCAAGUAUCACGAUCAUUUGACGACGACAUCAUUGAUGUCCUCCUCAUCCAACUAGACUCUGGCGACUCGCCUCAGAAAGGACACUUCGCUAUCGAUUUCACCGACAGCACCGUCCAAGUCUGGCUUCCGCAAUCAGCGUCACGGGCCAAAGACUCGUCACAACCCUUCCUUCCUGCUCCAGUCGAUGAACAAGGACACAACUAUCUCCGCGCCCUGUACUCUACGAGAGCGGACCCGCAAUCACCACUCUCUUGGCGCGCAACUCUUGCCGCUUCACACUCGACAUCCCAAGACAUCCUCACCACCUUAACUCUCACCCACACAUCCUCACCCGGCACGCUCCUCCCGUGGCCAACGGCCCGGCACACCCGCCUACCCCUAUGGCUCUCACCCAACGACCCUCCCGCCCUGAUCAACAUCUUCACCCUCCUAGCCCGCACAGCCUAUACCUCACAACCGGCCCAUCCACCGCGUUCACCCGUUCCGUGCAGCCUCUACUACCUCGCCCUUCGCCAGAAACCCCUCCUCCUCUCCCUCUGGCGCACCGCGCACGGCGUCAGCAUGCGCGAUGUGACCCUCAAGUUGCUCGCACGGGACUUCUCGGAGCCGCGGUGGAAAGAGGCGGCGCUGAAAAAUGCAUAUGCGCUGUUGUCGAAGCGGAGGUUCGAGUACGCUGCUGCAUGGUUCUUGUUGGCCGGACGGCUGAGGGACGCGGUGGUGGGUGUCUGUGUUUCAAAGAUGGGGGAUUGGGUGCUUGGGGUGAGUGUCGCGAGGGUUUGGAUGGUCGCUGGUGAGGGCGAGAUUGUUGGUGAUGAGAACAGUAACAGCGGAAUUAGUAAUAAGGGGGCGAAGAGGGAAGGUGCGAAAGUCAUACGUGAAGUCCUGAGCACUACGGUCAAGGACGAGAUCACCAAGCUCCGCGACACAGCCGGGACAGACAAUACAGCGGAGGCAGCAGCAUUGGAGCAGUGGUCCGACGAGCUUCUCGCCUCACUUGGUCCAGCCGAUCAAGAAAACGACAACCUUGAUGCAAGAUCAGAUGCGAAGGAAGACGACAGCGCUACUCGCAAAGGUCGCCUACCCACUCGAACAGCAGAGCACCUCCUCUCAGCUCCAAGAAGAGACGAAAGCACAGCGACAAACAACAGUACGACGACAAUCGAGCACAAAUCGAUCCUCGAUGCGUUUGCGAAGGAGGAGCCAAGUGAGGCUGAGAAGAAGCUGGCCGAUGAUCGAGAAAAGGAUGCGGAAGUCGAUGAGAAGAAGAACGAGAAAGAGAAAGAGGAGAAGAAGCCAGCACCAACACAGUUCCAGGAACCAAGCGCGGAUAGUCUGCUUGAUAGCUUCGGUUUCUGA